UAGGACGGGGCGGGGGCUUGAAGGGGACGGGGACCAGUCAGACUCUUCCCUUUCCCUUCCCUUUCAGUGGAGCCAUCAUUCAUCAUCCCCGCGCUUCCGCUCCCGCUCCCGCCCCUCCCAGAAUCGAGAGGGAUCAUAUUCAUAGCUGAGCAGUGGUGUAAUCGUCUCACAUCAGUCCACAUGCGAUCCUAUGCGAACCCAAGAGAGAGCUGUGCUGCUCCGAAUCGAACACUAUAUUGUCCCGCUUUCAUUCCGUCCCCCCGUCGCGCACCAGCCAAUUCUAUCCCCACGAUUUUGGCUUCCACCGCUCCUGCACCUUACAACAACAAUUUGUAGAGAGAUCCAACUGUGUGUUGUGGCGCGUGCAAUUUUCCAUAGUAGGGUUGCGUAGGUAUGGAGCUGAGUCUCUCUUUCCCUUGCGUUCUCUGAAUGGCAGGGCAAGUGGGUGGUCGGUGUCCACGUCCAGGUCCUUGGUGACUGCAGGAAUUGGUCUGGGGGAACUGAAGAGUAGAGUUUAUUCGAGUUCGUUCGUUCGUUCGUUCAUUCGUGCGGUUUGUGUGUUUGUGUGUUUGUUUGUUUGGAGUAGAUUGCAGUGGGUUUUGAGGGGAUCGUAGCGUGCAUAGUUGGUGGUAGUUGUGGCAUUUGGUAGUGUCUGGGAGUGUGUUUACGGUGGGGGUCACUUCUGUAAUGUGAAGGAAAUUGAGUUCGAGGAAGGGUUGGAGUGAUCGUGGGAGUUGAUAGGAGUAGGUAGGAAGUUGCAAAUUUUGAUGGGAAUGAGGUUUGAAUGCUGUCUGCAGCACCACUGCAAUGAGUUUGGGUCAGCGGGGACGGCGAGGUUCCGCUGAUCCUAGUGGUGAAGUGCUGUGAAUGUGAGACUCAUGAGGGUUAGCGCAUUGAAUCAUUGUUCGGAGUUCAGAGCGCGGAGAGGGUAGGUCGGGUUGUGAAGUGGUGCAGUAAAGAGCGUUGGCCAAGUUUACACGAUGCCUACCAUGAUGUCGCCGACGAUCCAGUGCUUUAGAGACCUGGUUCGGCAUGUCCUGAUUUCUGGUUCUUUCUAUAAAUAAAAUCUUCAGGAGGAGAUAAGGCCGUUGAAGUUUACUCUCGAACAAUGUAUUGUACUAAUCUUCACUAUUUCCCUUUACAAAGGUUGUAUCGCUUCUGGUAGCUUCACUCGUCUGCGAUCCCGAAACAUGAAUUUUUUCGCGAUGAAAUGUGGGCCCGCCUCCGAAACCUAAGAAAGUAAUCGUAGUUCGAAAUCCUAUUUUCGUCGUAUAACCGUAUGGUCGGUUCAUUUGAGCAUGUAAAUCUUGUCCUAUUCAAGAAACACCCGACUCUCAUCGUUCUCGAAACACAACCCGGGGGCCAGCCUUCCGCCAAUCGGUAAAGCCACGAGUGGUGCAUAUGUGAAGUUUUGGAAGGGUAGAUAUCGUGUACAUCAGGGCAUGGGAGGAGAAUUCCCUAGUUCAUCCAGCAUUUGACGUGGGGAGUCCGACAUGGGUAGUCAGAGGGAAUUAAUCAACAUAAGAGGCGCUCAGUUAUAUCUUAUUGAUGGCGAGGAAACCGUGAUCAUGCAGAGCGGCGACUUCUCCUUGAAACUGUUGAAGCAGACGCAUUCGCCGCUGGCUGUUGUGGUAGCAAAUGUUGGCGAGGUGCAAUGGCCUGUUGGAAAAGAUGCACCAGCCUUGAAAGUCUUUCACAGGCGUUACACUUUCGCUUUGCCUGGGCUGGUGUAUGGAAUGAUCCUCCCUGAAAGUACCUCCGCUGAAAUUUUGCAGCAGCUGGAAAUCAUCCUAGCCGAGUACAGCACGUUCGAAACGCAUCAUGAGAUCGCCAACUCAGUUCAAAAUCAAUCUACAUCAUCUGGUGUUAGAGAUAACGCAGGAUACUGGACGGCAGUAGCUCCGGAUGUAGAAACUUUAAGCUCGCGAGUGGCACGCCAAAUUAGUAGCACAUCUACCGUAGUGGCAAAUAGCAUAGUAAAAGGUGGAGAUUGGGCUGCGUCUGGAAUCAAACAUGGAGCGUCUCUUCUGAAAAGAAAGGGUCCAGAUUCUUCGGGAAGUGGUGAAGGUAGGGUCAGCCCUCGCAUGAUGAAACGGAUGCAGCAAGCGCGCCGAAUGUCUGCUGUAGCGAAGCUUAUGUCCAGAACUCUUCUUAAGGGCGCUAUAAGUGCAACGGGCCACGUCUCAAAAAACUUGGGCUUGGAUGUGAAUGCCACCACUAGUGGGUCGCAAUACGGCUCGCAGGAGGACACAGCCCGGAAUGUUGCUGUAGCUAGCGUAGAUGCAUUUGGGAAAGUUGUGGAAGCUGUUGAAACCGCAGGGAAGUCGCUGAUGGAUGCAACCCAGACCGCGGGCACCGACAUGGUACAGGAACGGUUUGGCGAGCAAGCUGGUCAGGUCUUGCAAGAUGGGCUUGGAGCUGUGGGGAAUGUUAUCAAUACCGCGUGGACUUUGAACAAGAUGGGUGUGAGGAUGCUGUUGCGGAUGACUGCUGCUUCUACAGCACUCAAUACACGAUCUGGCUCAAAGAGCACAUCUACUACUGGUGAUGAGAGCAUGUCCUCUCCUACGUCAACCGCUUCCAUGCCAAUGAGACAUCGGUCUCCGCCUCCGCUGCAACAUCAGAUUACUCUCUCUCCCCAACACUCUGCGGACCCUGUUCCUCUUGAUCUCUUACCUAAUGCGAGCGUGCACAGCGGGCAAACACUGCAUACUUCACAGUUGUUCCCUACUUCGGCUGAGCAGAUGAGGGAUCAAUCAGUGAUUGGGUUACCCGCUCCUUCCCCCAUGUUUGUGCCUGUGGGGAAUUACACAUCGGUUAUUCCAAUAGGUACUCCUGCUAAUAGUCCUUUCCAAAAAUAUCAUCGGCAUGUACCGCAACCGCAGCCUCCAUUCAGCUUUCAACCCCGAGCGAACACAAAAAUGGAGUAAAUGUACAAAUCACGAUUAUGUAUAUGUGAGGGUGGUUCGUGACGUUUCUGGAACUACGUUGUGAUGAAUUGAAGACGAUUGAGUUGUGGAGUGUUGUUGUGUGAUGCAUUAUCGCUGCAGCGAUUGAGGGCUUGAGAAUGGUCAUACUCGUGCCAGGGGAGGCAUCAGCAGUAAUUAAUUAUAUCCGCAACCAUAGAAAUUGGCGAUUUUGUACAAAGAACUGCACUCGCAGAGAGCAGGACCAAAGCACAUGGUAAAGGGGGCUUCACCAUGUACAGUUGAGAAUUCUAGACCAUGAGAUUAGAGCUUAAGGAUGAUCUCCUCUAUAAUUGCGAAGGUUAAAGGCUCUUAGUAAUCAUGGUUUCGGAAAGUUACUGUCGCAACAUAUCCAGCACUUGACCAACACUUGGUAAUUGCAUCAAUUACAAAGUGACUAAGGCUAUUUGAUUGGGCGUAAAGUUGCGGUGGUACACGCCGAAAAGUUAUAGAGAGUUGGCUUUUUUUGUUGUCCAAGGCAUGGUUUGGGACGUUUGAAGAUUGAUCGAGAUGGCUAUAGUACAUUGAAAUCGUUUUCGAUCGAGGGAGGGAGGGAGGUUUAGCGAACAGGAUUCAGAGAAGUGGUGGUGGAGAUAUUUUUAGAUGUAUUCGUUCUCGCAAGGGGAAGAAAUCACAUGGUAAAGGGGGCUUCGACCAACAUAUCUGGGGAUGAGUUGGUUUGAUAGGAAGGGGGAUUAUGCAUUCUUAGUGGCAUCUCACUGUCCAUGACAUGGUGAACAUGAUUGUGACAGACUACGCACACGUGUAUGCAUACUUCGGUUCGUAACAUGCUGAACUAAACAUUCUUACCUUAGUUAAACUAGGAGGCCUCUUGUUGUUCACAUGCGUAUUAAUUCACAUAUUCAUUCAUGUGCGAUGAGUAUUUAGCUGUAUAACUUGCUGUAUACUGAGAUUCGAGGCAGUGCUAUACCUAUUUAUAGACCUCGUCAUUUGGAGUAUAUGCAGUAUCAUUUUUAAA